AUGACGAACGGUUCAAAGAGGAAAGAAGAAGUUAAUCUCGCCAAUGGGGGUGUAAAGCAGUCCACGUGGGUCAAAGUCUUCAACAGUACCGCUCUAUGGGAAGAGAAGGGUGAGUUUUUAGAUGUGAUCUACUGGAUUCGGCAGAUCAUCGCUGUCAUCCUUGGAGUAAUAUGGGGCGUUGCACCACUAAAAGUCUUCCUUGAAGUAGCCAUAUUCUGUGUCAUCAAUGCGGGGGUCCUGUAUAUGUACUUCAGUAGCUUUCAGCAGGUGGACGAGGACGAGUAUGGUGGAAUGUGGGAGCUCACCAAAGAAGGUUUCAUGACAUCCUUUGCAUUAUUCCAGGUGGUGUGGAUAAUAUUUGACACAGCACUACCUUAUGACUGA